AUGCAUCCCGAUGCUGUCACCGAUCAUCCCCCCGUCUUCAACUACGUCCUCUCCUUCCUACUUGUCGGCGUAGCAUGGGGCUUCACUACGCCAUUUAUCCGACGCGCCGCAGCAGACUUUAACGCCCGUCAGGACCAGUCAUCCAAUCCAGAAACCUCCGAAUCAACCCGUUUACACUCGACUCAUCCAUCCGAAUCCGAAUACAACGAUGACGACGGAGACGAAGAUAAUCCACCCCCCUCUCCCUCCACCCGACCACUCUGGAUGAGCCCUUCCCCGUCAAUAUCCACAUGGCUGAAAUCCAAACUUAAGACCAUCUUCUCCACCGUCGUGAAUCUCCUUCGUACCCCUGCGUACGCGAUCCCUCUCGUCGUGAAUCUAACAGGGAAACUAUCAUUAACCGUCCCGCUUGCCAAUUCAAGUGCCUUCCUGUUCACAGUCUUGGGGGAAUGGUACGUCGAGAGAAAGGUCAUUGAGAAGGAAACGUGGAUGGGGAUGGCGUUAGUGUUGGCUGGAAUUGCGAUCUGCGUGAAGUCGAAGGGGACUUAA